AUGUUAUUUUCUCCCUCCCACUUUCUCUCUUUCUCUUUAUCUAUCUAUCUAUCUAUCUAUCUAUCUAUCUAUCUAUCUAUCUAUGGACGAUACUCAGAAUGUACUCCACAUCUUUCCCAUCCUGGUCUCUGUCUGUCUCUCUCUCUCUCUCUCUCUCUCUCUCUCUCUCUCUCUCAGACAUACACACACAUUCUACCUCUUCCUUCCUUCCUUCCUUCCUUCCUUCCUUCCUUCCUUCCUCACUUUAUCUAUCUGCUUCCUCUUUUUCUAUUUUUUGCUUCCCAUCUAUCUCUUCUAUAUUUUCUGUUUUUUCUUUCAUCGUAUUAUUCUUUAUUUUAUUUUGCAUCUGCUUGCUAUCUAUUCUUUCUUUCAUUUCUUCCUUCUUCUAUUUUUAUCUGUUCUCUUAACACCUUCCUUCCUUCCCUCCUUUCCCUCUCAGUCUUUUCCCACAUCCUUCUUCCACUUUUUGUAUAUCCCCUCUAUCCCUUCUCUUAUUUUCCUUCCUUUUCUUUCCCUGUCUCUACCUACAAUCGCUUUCUUCUUUCCAACUCUACCGUUUUCUUUCCAUCAAUAUUUUCCCUUUUCUCUCUCCUGUUUCUAGGUUCUUUUCCUCUCUAUCUCUCCUUUCUUUUCUUUCUCUAUUUGGCACUGGUAUUUAUUUGUUUGUCUCUCAUUUGGACCUGUUAUCACAGCUUUUAA